AUGACCGAGGUUGUUGGAUCUCAUACCGCCUCCAUCCAAAAAUUGGAGAUGCAAAUGAGAGACCUCUCCAAAGAGCAAAAUCCAAAACAAAAGGGAACACUCCCUAGUGACACGGUUGCAAAUCAUAGUGGGAGUGGCCCAACUUCUCACAUCAUGGCGAUCACUACUAGGAGUGGGAAAGUGCUACACGGAGAGGUUGAACAAACGGUUGAAGAAGAAGAGUCCGAACAAAGGGUUGAGGUUGAAGAGCCAAGUGUUGUCGAGGUUGAAAAGAUUCCGGACGAGUUGAAAGGGCAAAAAGAGAACCGGGAAGAGGUGAAGGAAAAAGUGAAAGAGACACCAAAAGCUCUUCCACCUAUUCCUGGACCUCCUCCCCCAUUUCCUCAAAGGCUCGCAAGAAAGAUUGAUGAUAGAAAACUUGAAAAAUUCUACGACAUCCUAAAGCAAUUAACGGUGAAUAUUCCUUUUGUGGAAGCUUUUCAAGAGAUGCCGAGGUUUGCUAAAUAUUUGAAGGAUUUGAUCACCAAGAAGAGGACCACAAAGAAUGAGGUGGUAAACAUGACUCACCGGGUUAGCUCUAUUAUUGCCACAACCCUUGUCCAAAAGAAAAAGGACCCGGGAGCCUUUACUAUUCCAUGCACUAUCGGGACGCGUGAAUUUGCAAGAGCCCUCUGUGACAAUGGGGCUAGCAUCAACUUGAUGCCACUUGCCAUUUAUAAGCAAGCGGGAUUAGGCAUUCCAAGGCCAACAAGCAUGAGAUUACAAAUGGCCGAUCGUUCCAUUAAGCGACCGGUAGGAAUUGUUGAUGAUGUGAUUGUGAAAGUUGGAGGAUUCCAAUUACCCGCCGACUUCGUAAUUCUUGAUUGUGCGGUUGAUAAAGAAAUCCCUAUCAUUUUGGGGAGACCGUUCCUAGCCACGGGAAGAGCACUCAUGGAUUCAGAGCGGAAAGAAAUUAAAUUCCGGGCUCAGGCGCAACCAAAACUGGCGGAUUUGACAGAUAUUCUUUGA